AUGCACCCGUCUAACGUUGAUCGAGCAGUUCACCCGCCCACCCCGCUCAACCACGCGGCGGUCCUGCGAAGCAACGGGUUUCGUUGGUACCUUCCAUAUCCUCCGACCAAGAUGGGCUCCUCAACAUACCAUCGCAACAUGUCGCCAACCGGGGGACGUCAUCAGGUGGCUGGACCGCGUGCGUCAACCGGCAUGGUGCAGCUCGGCUCCUCCUACGACCCUUAUGACGCACCAAGAGGUCGCCAUGACUAUGACGACUAUUACUACCCAUCCGAUGUCGGAUACUCGACCACUCAUAGACACCAACCUCAUCGAACAUCACGGAUUGAAGCCCAGCCGGUAUCCUACCAAAAGUUCCGUGAUCCCGGCCAGCCGACCAAGAAGCGGACGGAGUAUACACUCCAGCCUCAGCCCCAGUCAAGACACAGGAGCCACACGGCGUCUGCGAGCGAUCUGUAUGAUCCCCCCACGCGACUCUCUGUGCCUUCUUCAUCAUCAGGCCAUCUUCGUCCGGUGGUCAGCUCCGGUCGCGCUCGCUCCCCGAGUCCUCUUCCUUCCAGUUCCAAUCAGUAUCUGGCCCCCCACUCUUCACAUUCACAUCACGGCCACCGGCGAGUAUAUAGCACGGACUAUGCAAGCGAUACUGGUCGUCUGGACCCGCGUGAUAGCAUCAAGCAUUGGUCUCCCCAGCACGCACAUCGCGGCCAUGCCUCGAGCGGGCGUCGUCGACACCCGGCCUAUGAUGGAUGGAAGAAGGGUGAUGAUAUCGAUUCUGACGAUGCCUAUUCCUACACCACACCACGCGAGCAGUUUGACAGAGAUUACCCUGUCAAGCCGCGCCACCCUACAGCAAGAUCCUCGGGUGAUCGGCCUGUCAGCAUGAAUGUGAUGGAUGAACAUCCCCAAUUUUUGCGCAAAGAACGAGCUGAACGGCCUCAUGGGCCUCCGCCAACAUCUUGGGGGUUUGACAAGAUUGACCGUGAGGGUCGGCGCUCAUCCCGAACCACCGACGGUCAUCGAGAUACGUCCCGGACGAGGGAUACCUCUAGAACAAGACGUAACGACCGUGCUUUGGUUGCCCUGCCGCACGAGUCCGACGACGGCUACGAUUCAUAUAGUGACGGUCGCCGUCGGCGUUCUCACCGCAAACAUCAUCACGGGAGUGAUCGACAAAGCGACGAUCGAUCCCCACGGCCGCACAAUGGCACUGGUGAGCAGAUGUUAGCAGCGGGGCUUGGAACCGCAGCCUUGGGCGCUGGCUACUCUGACAUGUCAGAGUAUGAUCACCGUACUUCGAGACCUCGUCAUGGACGUCACCAUGAUCUUGACCGAGACUACGAUUCGGCGCAGCCUGCAUCUCGAGAACGCCAUGAAACUUCGCCUGGUGCCGAGAAGAAGCAGCUUUACCUAGAACCGGGCACCAAUCAUCCUCGUCGUCGGUCACGAAGACGAUCGCGAGGGCGAGACAGUGGUUCGGAUGCCUAUUCUGAUGACGAGGAUCUUCGCAAAUACCGGCGUGAGCCUUCUGCGGUGCCCCAUCGCAGCAGGCACAGCAGCACAGACACCAGCAGCGCCGAUGAUCGCUCUGUAAGGCGUCAUCGCGACCGCUCGCAUCACCGGUCGUCACGCUCGCAGCGGGCUCUAGAGAACGGCCACUCGAGUGGGUCGCGUCAAUCUCCCAUUGAUAGCAAGGCCAUCACGGUUGACCCGCCUGCCACCAAAGAGCCCGAGCCCGCGCCAAAGAGUAUCCUCAAACCUCCACGUCAGAAGUUCCCCGAAGAGCCGAACCCAGUACGGGAAGGAGUGGCUCCGCUCAAGGACGCGCACAAGCAGGGUAUUCCAACAGGAGCACGGUGGACCAAGAUUGACCGCAGACUUGUCAACCCAGAAGCAUUGGAGGCAGGAAACGAGCGGUUCGAGGAACGGUCGGAAUAUGUCAUUGUGCUAAGGGUAUUGUCCAAAGAGGAGAUUCAAGCAUAUGCUGUGAAGACGCAGGAGAUUCGAGAUGCUCGCCACAAGGAGUACGCCGACGACAAGCGCCGGCACAUGGAGGAGAACCAGCGCCAUGGCCGCCGCGGCACAGAGUCUUCAAGCGAUGAUGAGGAUGAAGGUGAAGAGCAAUUGAAACUGGAAGCACCACCCGUUGCCGAAUCGGAGUCAUCACGUCUGCCCAUCCGCCCUCGCGAGUCGACCAACUCGCCAGAAGAGAGACCAAAGAUGACACCUACGGCUGCGCCGGCCCACCCGUAG